AUGAGAUCCAACUACGAUGUGGUCAUCACCAACUUGCACGAUGAAGCGGUAGUUAUCUUCAAGGCGGUGCGCAUUUUCAAGGCUACCGGCGACGAACAGGGGCGUGGUGCUGUUGAUGUGAAAGAUGGAGUGCUCAGCGGAGAACUAGGCAUUGUCUACAUUCUCCCGGCAACGAAGAUGGUCACCCACGACACAAACGGCAAGAUCCACGAAGAGCUUCGGAAGGUCUUGUGUAAUCCUAGCCAAGGUAAACGGUCACGGUACUCUGUCACGAGCACUUUUGGUUACAUCGAAUAG